AUGAGAAACCUUUACAACAAAUUAACAAUUACUGGAGGUUGUUUCAGUCGAGACUUUUUGGACAUAAUCGAGCUUUUUCAGCAAUACUCUGCAAAUCACCCUACAAUAUCUCGAACAACCGCCAUUGCCGUCAUCUCGUCUCUACCAGGCGCAUUCAUCUUAUACACGGAAAAGCGACCCCGUCUAUGGCUGAGACACUACCAGGUGUUAUUAACCAAUGCCUUGCGCGUUGGCGCGUGUGUCACCAUCUCGCAACAGAGCACUUGUGUCCAUGACAUACUUCUGGCUGCUUUCAUCAUGAUUUCGUUCGAAGUAUGCCGGUGGAUAUCCUCUGAAAAUAGAGCCCGGAGCACUGUACGCUUGGCAUCCGAAACGCCACUUCGUUCGUCGCAUGUUGUUGCGGCAGAUUCGGCACGUGCCACGAGCUUGUUUGAUGAGAGUCAUGGACGAGGUAGGACGCCAAAACCACAGCUGGACGUUUCCGAAAGUAUGGAGGAGCAGGGCGAUGAGAUUCGGCGCCUGCAAAGGACAUUAGCAGAGGUCAAGACGGCGGUAAAUACCAAAGAUCUGGAGUUGAAGGCGGCACAAGCAGAUCUUCACACCACCCAAGAGACUUUGGGCGACACAUCUACUGAAUGCGCAAAUCUUCGGGAUGAAUUGAAGACUAUGAAACAAAGCGUGGGUCGCGACCAUCAAGCUAUCAUUUACCGCAAAGACAUUGAGCUGUUUGCGCUACGCAAGGCCAACGAGCAAAAGGAAAGAUACAUCCAAGAAAUAGACGCCAAGUCAGAGACCACCAUUCGCCAACACAAGGCCAACAUGGAAUUGAAAGAGACUCAGAUUAGGAGCCUCAAGAAAAGAGUUGAGAGUCUGCAGAGAAACGGGAGUCGGUCUGCAGAGGAAGAGUGGGAUGAACACAUCGAUAGUGAACACCAAUCAGCAGUGCAGGUGAAGAUCCUGCGUGUGAAAGGAAGACAUUCACAAGAAGAGGAACGCACGAGUGACGAGAAGGAUCGUGAAAUUUCUCGGCUGACUGAGGCUCUAGAGGUCUUCAAGGACAGCUCGGAGACAUUGGCGCGCGCGCAAUCCGAAUUACGCCGGGCCUGGAGUUCAAACCAUGAUUUACAAAAGGCCUUAAAUAAGGAGCGAAGCCUCCACGCUCAAACAAGAGAGCAGUUAGAAGAGGCUGCGGUACGACUGGAAGAAGAGGGGUCUAAGACCAGUCAGAAGGUAAGCCCGAUGCGCUUACCGACAAUUGAGGAAUCAGACAAGCAAGAGCUAGAGGCAAUGUUCAAUACUGCGCAGCAAGACAACCUUCGGCUUUACAGUGAACAUGAAGCACUGGAUAAACGAUUAAGGGAGGCCAAUGCCCGCCUGUUUGCAAAUGAACAGGAAAUGAAAACACUUCGCGAACUUGUCCAAUUCGAGAAGUCUAUUAAUGAAGAUAUGGAGAACGCAAGACCAAGUCUAGUGCAUCGUGUUCAUUUCCAGCGCUUGGAAGGACAGUUGCAGGAAUGCCGUACUGCACUGGCACAGAAGGAUGAGGAAAUCUCGCACCUCAGAGCAAGUUUCAAAACCAAGGAAAAAGAGAUGCAGGUGUUCAAAUGCGACAAAGAAGCUGCGGAUAGCGAUCAGAGGGGACUUCAAACCAAGGUGGAGCAAUUGCAAAAGUAUGUGACGGAACUCGAAACUACCAAAGAGCAACUCAUGCUCGACCACGAACGCCUCGCUCACCAUCGAGCCCGCCAACGGAUUUCUUCUGGCGAUUACACUUCCGCGCGCUCGAGCGGCGCAACUCUUAUCACAGAACCGAUCUUGACACCACCAUCUGCAAGCUCUGAUGUUCCACUUCCUACUCGCCCGAUGGCAACAAUUCCGUCAGAUUCGAGCAUUCAAAUGACACCGGAGCGAAUGCGCAGAGCUCCGUCGCCUUCACCUCUCCGUAUCGAUACAAGCAUCGCGAACAUUGCGAGCCCACCUCGCUCAAACAUGAUAUCCACCGAUAUUCCUCCACCCGAGCUUCGCAGUGCUCAUACCCGACGGAAGAGUCUGACACUCAAGGGCUUGAUGCGGAAAAUGGCCCGCAGGGAUACCGAUGCCACCGUGACACCGCACACAGGCAAAGACCAAGAAGACAUAAAGGAUAAGGAGAAAGUCGACACACCGCAUCAACGGCCCAAGACCGCGCUCGUGCCAAAAGACAAGAACGCCUCCCUGCGCCCGCAGACCGCGACCGCGCACACCGAGCCGUCCAAAAACGACAGUGCAGCGCCUUCCAUUGAGCCAUCCACCAAACAACGCCUUAUCCGUCCCAAGACUGCAAACGCAGCGCCUGAUCCUACGACAGUCGACAAAGAAAAUGCAAACACAACAACCAGCGCCACCCCAGCCCGAUACUACACCGACAAACUCCCAGAGCCCAACACGAGACCCAAGACUGCCGUGUCUACGAAAGACAAAAUCACCUCCGCCGUUCCCGCACGGCCGAAAAGCAGAGGCUGGAGCAUGAGUUGGAAGAAGGACAGCGACGGCACAAGCGCAAGCGCGAUCGGGACGGGGAGUGUUUCAAGAAAAUUGGUCCGCAGGUCGCUCGCAUAACGGCAUCGCCAGUUGAAGUAAUACAGUCUUGGGCGGAUAACUUCUUGUAUAUGUCAUUGUUUUCUUCUCUUCCCGUUCGAUACUCGCCGCACGGUACUGCAUGCAUGUUU